UUGGACCGAUAUUAUAGAUUUUUUAUCUCCGUCAAAAACAACUGCUUUGACAAUGAUCUGUUUUCUCCUGACAUGGUAUUUGUGCUGGCGUAUAUUCGCUCCUUAAGUAGCAUAUUUUGUUUUGUGGUCGUUUGCAAACACACCCCCUGUAUUUGCGCUUUUGCGGCGAUUUAAAGAAAAGCGCGAGCUCCUUCGAGACACGCGCGGUCCUCACGCGCUCCCGGUCUCCCGUUUCAUUUGAACGGUCGAGUUACGUAGUGAGGGAAAUGUUGCAGUGAACGAAGAGAGGGAGAGGUUGAGAGAGUAAGACACACACGGAGAGAGAGAGAGAGAAGGAGAGAGAGACUGCAGCAUCAUUUGAGGGACGUUCACAUGCAGUGCAGUAGAACGUGCAGGUGAGGGGAGGAGGAGGAGAAUGCGGGACUUUUUCCUCAAACACUUCACACACAACGGACUCUGGAGGAAUUACUAAAGGCUUUUGUCGGUACUUCGCCAUCCUGCUCCGCAUCUUUCUAUAAGUGGCUAAUUUUGGGAAGCCGGACUGAGGAGAUUUCUCUUUGUCAAGUUAACCGUAAAGGAAUCUAUAAGAGCUUGGCACGCGCGUGCGAGACUGCGGGGAAAGCUUUCCCCUCGCUGUGUUUUAAGGUAAGAGAACAUAAAAAAACAGGAAAAGACUUUAAAAGCAGUUUUGGCGUAUUCCCAGCCGCCAGCGCGAGCUUUGGGAUGCGAAUGGGAGAGCUGAAUUCACAGACAGAUCUCUUUUGUGUUGUACUGCAUUGCAGUUUAAAACAGUGAAAGCGCGAGAGGAGCCAGCGCUCCGCAGCAUCUCAAUGAGCCGGACAAAGUCAUUGAAACUGCUUAAAUUUAACUUCCGUUCGCUCCUAAAAGGCAUAAAGGAAUAUUUUUGGCCGUAAAAGUGACGUAAAGACUUGCUGAGCUCUUCAAAAAGUGGAUGUUUUUAUCGUGUUGGAAACGUGACUGGGGAAUUAAAGACUGUAGGAGAAAUUUUGAUUAGGAAUCAUCUACAGAAAUUAUUCGGUGUCGAGAUCGGCUUGAGCCCGUCUGCUCUGGACCGGAGGACGAGAGAGAGAAAAAGAAAGAGAGAGAGAGAGUCAUGGGGAAAAGGAGCGUUGGCGCAGUGCACUCCGCGCGCUGCUACCUCGUGCUCAUCCUGCAGCUGCUGACUCAGCUCCCGCGCGUCAAUUCGGCGCUGCGCUACCGCGUGGCGGAAGAGGGGCCGGCCGAUGUGCACAUAGGCAACGUGGCUGCGGACCUGGGGCUGUCCACCUCUGGGAUCGGGACAGGUGAUGUGACUUUUGCUUUGGAAUCUGGCUCUGAGUACUUCAAGAUUGACAAUGUAACUGGAGAGCUUACCACAGGCAGCAAGAGGAUCGACAGGGAGAAGCUGCCCCAGUGUCAAAUGAUAUUUGAUGAGAAUGAGUGCUUUUUGAACUUUGAAGUGUCUGUCAUAGGUCCUCUGCAGAGCUGGGUGGAUUUGUUUGAGGGACGUAUUGUGGUCACAGAUAUCAACGACAACACACCCUCUUUCCCGUCCCCCGUACUCACACUGUCUGUUGAGGAGAACCGUCCAAUUGGUACUCUAUAUCUCCUUCCAACGGCCACUGAUCGUGAUUUUGGUCGAAACGGCAUUGAUCGUUAUGAGCUCAUCCAAGAUAGCAGAGAUGGAGGGUCUGCUUUGCGCCGUCCCGCCAACGGACAGACAAAUGGGAAUGGUGGGGACCGAAGGAGAGGGCCGGACGCGGGGGCGGGGCCUGCCAGCAGGAGCAGCGUAUUUGAACUGCAGGUAGCAGACACACCUGAUGGACAGAAGCAGCCACAGCUGAUCGUCAAAGGGCCUUUGGACCGCGAGGCACGUGAUUCCUAUGAACUUGUGUUGCGUGUCCGCGAUGGCGGCAGUCCGUCUCGCUCAUCACAAGCUUUAUUACGUGUGUCAAUCACGGAUGUCAAUGACAACAGUCCUCGUUUUGAGAGAGCAGUUUAUGAAGCAGAAAUGGCUGAAAACGCCCCUCCUGGCACACCUGUCCUGCAGGUGCGUGCCACAGACCGUGAUGUCGGCGUAAAUGGUCAGGUUGAGUAUGUGUUUGGAGCUGCAACCGAAUCAGUGAGACGCCUCCUCAGGCUGGACGAAGCAUCAGGUUGGCUAAGCGUUCUGCAUCGGAUCGACCGCGAAGAAGUUUCUCAGCUGCGCUUCACCAUCACAGCCCGCGACCGGGGCCAGCCACCCCGCACUGACCGCACAACAGUCGUUCUCAAUGUAAGGGAUGAAAACGACAACGUACCCGUAGUGGAAAUUCGAAAAAUUGGACGGAUCCUUGUACGUGAUGGUGCCGCCAUGGUUCCAGAAAAUGUUUUGGUGGACACGCCAGUAGCAUUAGUGCAGGUGUCAGACCGUGACCAGGGGGAGAAUGGUGCGGUCACCUGCACUGUUGUUGGAGAUGUACCUUUUACCCUAAAACCAGCAGGUGAGACAGCUCUGGCACCUCUGCCAGCCACGGAUGACGCUUUUGAGCGAAACAAAAAGAAAUAUUUUCUGCACACCUCAGCACUUUUGGAUUACGAAGCUACACGUGAAUAUAGUGUCACUAUUGUGGCCGUGGACUCUGGUAGCCCAAGCCUCUCUAGCAAUAGCUCACUCCUGGUCCGUGUGGUGGACAUAAAUGACCAUGCUCCAACUUUUGCCCAAAACUUGGUGGAGGUCCAUUUUGCUGAGAAUAAUUCCCCAGGAGAGCGAGUAGUCACUGUAGUGGCAGCCGAUGCAGACAGUGGCAAAAAUGCAGAGAUUGCAUAUUCACUGGAUCCAUCUGUUAAUGGGGCUUUUUACAUUGAUGCCGAUAAUGGUGAUAUUCGUGCCACUGGACCACUAGACAGAGAGCAGAGGGAACGGUAUGAAUUUCGUGUAAUAGCUCGAGACAAAGGCACCCCCUCUCUGCAGGGCUCUGCUACUGUAGUGGUUCAGGUCACUGAUAGAAAUGACAAUGCUCCCAAAUUUGUCCAGGAAAUCUUUACGUUCUAUGUCAAAGAAAACCUACUCGCCAACAGCCCUGUUGGCAUGGUGACCGUUACAGAUGCAGAUGAUGGGCAAAAUGCAGAGUUGAGUCUUUUUGUUGAGAAUGAUGAAGAGGAGGGUGGAGAGGAAGCCAAAGAGGGAAAGCAAGAAGUUUUCUCCAUAGAAAAUAACACUGGCACCAUCUUCUCCUCUGCCUCCUUUGACCGUGAGCGGCGCAGUGCAUACUCAUUCCGAGUGCGUGCGGUUGAUGGUGGAGAAACGCCACGGUCUGCCACUGCGACUGUCUCUCUGUUUGUCACUGAUGAAAAUGACAAUGCACCAUCCGUCACAUCACCAGCUAAUGAAUCGUAUACCUUCCUGCCACCUGCUAGCGGGGCUCGGACUGUAGUCCAGACAGUCACGGCCUCUGACGGCGAUGCGGGGUCUAAUGCUGAUCUCCGCUAUGCCCUGGUAGGCGGAAACCCCUUUCAUCUGUUUGAGAUUGGCCUCAAUAGUGGGGUCAUAACCCUGGCGGAGCCCCUGGAGAGAAGACACAAAGGUCUGCACCGCCUGGUGGUCCGGGUCAACGACAGUGGUUUGCCUUCCCUUUGUGCCACAGCGUUGGUUCAUGUCUUCAUCAAUGAGACCCUAGCCAAUGCUACAUUAGUGGAUGCACAGGUGGCUCGCAGCCUUGCAAUCCCACUCUCUCUGGAUAUUGCAGGUGACCCAGACAGCGAGAGAGCACUGGGUAAACAGCGUUUGAGCGUUGCAAUUGGUGUCCUAGCCGGCGCUGCUGCCGUUAUUCUGGUCAUCCUCCUGGUGGUGACAGCCCGGCAAUGUGGGGCCCAGGGUAAGAACGGCUAUGAGGCUGGAAAGAAAGAACCCGAGGAGGACUUUUUCAGCCCGCAGCCUCCCCCUCUACAAGCUCAGGGCUCCCACAACGAACGUGGGCGCAAACCACGCAGAGACAAGCGCAGUAACGGCAGCGCCAAAUCUGAACGUUCCCUGUACAGUGGAAUUAUGACAGUGAAUGGCUGCAGACGUGGGGGAGGCGAUGAAGAAGAGGAGGAUGAAGAUACGAGCAAUGCCAGUGAGAGGAUCGCCGCCCGUUACUGUGCAGCAGCAGCCGGGGACCCCAGCAGCCCAAGACUGGGCACCAGGCGUCACCAAUCAAGCCCUGAUCUGGCCCGCCACUACAAGUCCAGUUCACCUUUGCCCGCAGUGCAUCUGCAGCCCAACUCACCACCCGUGGAAGGAAAGAAGCACCAGGCCGUUCAAGAACUGCCCCCCACCAACACCUUUACUGGUAACGGCACAGCUAAUGCAGACGCCAUGUCCCUCAGCUCAGACCAGUGCUCCGAUUACAGCUGCCAGACUGCCAAGUACAGUAAACAGCCCCUUAGACGGGUGACAUUCUCAGUGGUGAAUCAAGCUCCCGAUCAAGGUUGUUAUGACAGUGGGGUGGAGGACUCUGAGACCCCCAGCAGCAAGAGCUCAUCAGGUCCCAGGCUGGGAUCUUUACCUCUCCCUGAGGACGGAUAUGAGAGGACGACACCAGAAGGAAGCGUGGGCGAAGAGGAGCAUGUGGAGAAUGACCCCAGGCAACUCCCCGAUGUGGCCCUGACAGGAAAGUGCACACGAGAGUGUAAUGAGUUCGGUCACUCUGACACCUGCUGGAUGCCCGUGCAGGCGUCACCACGGAGACGCAUUGAACCGCCCCAGCUCUCUACCUUCACCUCACCCGGCGACAACAACAACAACACAGAGGACGACAGCGACCGCGGCGAAGACGGCGACGAAGGCACCGACAAAAGCAGCGGAGGAAGCGAGGAGGUCCGGGAUUCGCUGGCCAACGGAGAUCCGCUCGGAACCCUCGGCCGCCGGGACCGCAACAAGAACAUGGGCGACCACAACCGCAACCUCCUGAACCGAAAAAUGACCUCGGCCUCCUACGACACAUUCAGCAGCGCCGGCUUCGGUCGUCGUCAGGACGAAGAAGACUCGCACUCCCCCGAAGUCAUACCGCUUACGAGGACGGGGGGCGACUAUAAGACCGCCUCGUGCCUCGCUCUGUCUCGCAGGGAAGUGUACCUGUGAGCCGCAGCCGAGGUACAAAUCACCCGAGCAACUUCUUUAAUGCGUUGGAGCAAGAGGAUCAAUGAGACUAGCGCAUACCUGUUCAGAACAGGUCUCUUCUCCUUGCCAAAAAUUCAUCAUCUUACGUUCAUUUCCCUGGAUGCAAAAUAUAGAAAUCAAAGUGGAGAAAGCGAUUCAUCUUGUAUUCUUUCAUAAGCUUCGAUGGACUUUGAUGGCGUCGCACGCGGCGAACGCUUGCAUGUUCGGCCUCAUAAAAAAGUAGGCACUGUGGGGAUUGACAGAUUAUCAGCCUUCUAAAUUCAUAAUUCGGUCACAGACCAGACUAUAGACUGCGGUCUGCAAGGGGUGAGGAUGCAAUGUCAUAAGGGGACACUAAUUACUGACUUUUAUUAUGUAGCAUCAGAAUGAAGGAAAUUCUAACAACUAUGGUGAUGCCUAAAUAUUUUAAUCUAACUGGUUUCCUGUUGCUGUGCCAGUACAGUAAUUUACAGUUACAAUAACAAACACACAAGUUGUUAUUCGACUUAACAAUGCAUUUUUUCAUUCGUAGUUUGUUUUUCUUUUUAUACAGAUAUGGGAAUUUAUUGAAGCUGUCAUCGAAACGUUCAACUGGAAGUCAUUUUAAUUUCGCUUCUGUAAUGGAUGAUUAUCACAAUGACUGUUAUAUUACCAUCUCAUCGGACCUCAGUGUUAAAGUCUCGGUGUCAGUAAAUAUUCUGUACACAGCACAAACACACUUAAAAAUCCUACACGAGAUACACGUCUAGAUCCAUUUUAGCGCAGGUGUGUGUGUACAGGUGCGUAUGUAGAAAAAGACUGACAAUGUUGGCAUACCUGAGGUUUUUUGGGUUUUACUUUUUUGGAGUAGCUGUAGCGUUUUUGCCUGCUUAAUCUUCAACUAGUAUAUAAGACAUCGAAGUGUAUUUGAAUAACUAAUCAUCUGUGUACAGUUCAUACACAGGGGCAUUAAAAAAAUUUUUAGGAUACAUCUAUACUAUAAUAUAAUCAAGGAUAUACCGUAUCUCAUCCCUUUUAAGUAGAGCUCAUAUGUAAACCAAAUUUCUUUAAAGACAACACUGCAUGACGAUAAGCUAAUGCUUAUUUUGUUAAAUAAGGAUCAAUUUUUUGUUGUAUUUUAAGAGGUGUGUGAGCGAGUGAGUGUAUGUGUGUGCGAAUGGUAAAGCGAGGUCAGCGUGCAAACAUGUCUCAUGAAUCGACGGAGGAGAGCAGCCUUAAAUUGUCCCUCGAGAAGUUACACAUCAAGCAAAUAUCUGUAUUUUUACAAUUCAGUGAUUAAGACAAAGUCUUACGACUGGCAUUUGAAAGCUUUGAAGGUUCGAAUUUAUGAAUGGCUCAUAGUUAUGCAUUGUAAGUACAAUCCGAUUGAAGGCAACGAAUUGACAUGUAUUUCAACAACUCUCAGGAAAUUCGAGAUUAAGCGUGCGUCUCUGGACCAUUAUCAACAAGCUUUAGUCUGCGCUCCGAUCGAUUCGUCCUCCUCACAAGGCCAUAGUUUGAGAGCCUGUUUUCAUAGCCCUCCCCUUUUAGCAGACACACCGUACGUCUCUGUCUGAAGUGUGAGUGCUUUCUGGUUUCUCAAAGUGAGAGUCACGGACUCAUCCCUUUGCUUCACUGAAACAGCCUUGGAUCUGGAGCGUGAUUGGUGGACUCCAAUCCAUCUAUGCCAAAAUCCGUCCAGGUUUUCCAGUGGUCCUGGAACGACCGGUGCACAUAACUGAAAAAAACUAAACAAAAAAAAGACUAGCCCAGAACCUGCAGUUCAGUGCCUGGAUAUGAGGAAAUUUUGGAACUGGCCUACGCUCCGUCGAACAGGGUUGGAGACUUGAGGGGAAAUUCUCAUCGAGGACGUGAAGAUUGCGUGUUUCCUUUGCCAGGUUUAUAGGCUAAAUAUGCUGUUAUACAGCAGUUUGUAAGUAGUGUACAGUAGGGCUUUACGUGAUACAUAACGGACUGUGUAUAUGAAAUGGUGUGUCUUCUUUUUUUACUGCACGUUUACCAGUUCAACUCGCUUACUGCAAAAUAGAGGGGUCGAGGGGUCGAAAUCCCAUUGUGUCUAAAGCAUUCACUUGAACUUUUUUAUGAGCUAAACACUGAACUCGUGUACUCGCCCGACAUCAGCCAUCUUACUGCUACCCUGUAGAGAAAUGACCACUGAACUUUAACCUGAAAGGCAUGUUGACGGUCUUUAAUCCUGCACCUGAGGAAUUUUUUAUUUUAUUUCUCUGUUUUUAUGCUAUGUGAAAGAGGAGUUUUUGAAGCCCCCUCUCAUGGAGUUUAUUGCAUUUGCUACUAUAAAUAGCAAAUCAAAAAGGGUUUGGAAUGGUUUGACAGAUUUGGUAUGUGACAUGUAAAUGUUUGAUUUUGACAUUAAAACACCUUAAAAUAG